GUGAUGCGGUCACAUACCGUCAUGGCUGCGGCUCGCCCCCAGUUGUGGGGUGAAUAUCAGGUACGGUACGGUCACGUAAGUUAUGAUGCUCCGUCCGUCGUGGGCUCGACUUCAGACAUCCCCAACACCUCCGCUCUCCCCUGAACCCUCCUAUUUCCGCUCAUCUUGGGAGUUUCCAAAUAGAAUACUAGUCUCGACGGUACUCUCGACUCCCAACCGUCGAAUCCCCAAUUCCUCCAAGAUGGCGGAAAUGCCCAUUGUCCUUGAUGGAGGAACCGGCUUCCUCAAGGUCGGCUAUGCCGCCCAGAACUUUCCAGAGCACCAGUUUCCCUCGAUAGUGGGGCGGCCCAUCUUGCGAACGGAGGAGCAGGGCGGCGACAUCGUGGUCAAGGAUAUCAUGUGCGGUGAUGAAGCCGCCGCUGCACGCUCAAUGCUCCAGAUCAGCUAUCCUAUGGAGAAUGGAAUUGUCAAGAAAUGGGACGACAUGCAACACCUAUGGAACUACACCUUUUACGAGAAGAUGAAGAUCGACCCCACGGAUCGCAAGAUUCUCCUCACGGAGCCGCCGAUGAACCCACUCAAGAACCGCGAGCAGAUGGCCGAGGUCAUGCUAGAAGGAUACGGAUUUGGCGGUGUCUAUGUGGCGAUCCAGGCGGUGCUGGCACUGUAUGCCCAGGGUCUGAGCAGCGGCGUUGUUGUGGAUUCCGGUGACGGUGUGACACACAUUAUCCCCGUGUACGAGUCGACCGUACUCAACCACCACAUUCGCCGCCUGGACGUCGCCGGCCGCGACGUCACUCGCAACCUGAUUGCCCUCCUUCUGCGCCGCGGCUAUGCGCUGAACCGAACCGCCGAUUUCGAGACCGUCCGCCAGAUCAAGGAGAAGCUCGCUUACGUCUCCUACGACCUCGAGUUGGACAAGAAGCUUUCUGAAGACACCACCGUUCUCGUCGAAUCGUACACCUUGCCCGACGGCCGUGUCAUCCGCGUCGGCAGCGAGCGCUUCGAGGCGCCCGAGUGCCUUUUCCAGCCACACUUGGUUGACGUUGACCAGCCUGGUAUGGCUGAAAUGCUCUUCAACUGUAUCCAGGGUGCCGAUGUCGAUGUUCGCUCUAGUCUAUACAAGGCCAUCGUGCUCAGUGGUGGUAGCAGCAUGUACCCUGGUUUGCCCUCUCGUCUAGAGAAGGAAUUGAAGCAGCUUUGGCUCACCCGUGUACUGGGUGGCGACCCAGAGCGCCUGAACAAAUUCAAGGUUCGCAUCGAAGAUCCCCCUCGCCGCAGACACAUGGUAUUCCUGGGUGGUGCCGUGCUCGCCAACCUGAUCGCCGACAAGGAGGACAUGUGGGUGAGCAAGCAGGAGUGGCAGGAACAGGGUGCACGCGCCUUGGACAAGCUCGGCCCGCGAUGA